AUGGCUACAAACAGUGGUCGUGGUAACCCAAUCGGUGCGACCGAGGGCCCAAGCAAGGUUGGCGAGGGUGCCCCUCCUCCUGUUUCCAAGGAUGUCAAGGACGCCGUGACGGCCGGGCAGGCGGGCGACACUGGCCUGCAUGCCGCUGGCCAAGAUGCGACCACGGCCCCGGCCGAGACCAAGGUCAAGUCGGCAAAGGAAUUAGAAAGAGAGCGCAAGAAGGCCGAGAAGAAUGCCAAAUUCGCUGAGAAGCAAAAGGCCAAGGCCGAGGCGCAGGCCCAGCAGGCUGCCAGCAAGACGAAGAAGGAGAAGGCACCAAAGCCUGUCGAGGAGCCGCUGCCCGAGUACGUCGAAGACACCCCGGUCGGCGAGAAGAAGCGACUCAAGUCUCUUGACGAUCCCCAAUUCAAGGCCUAUAACCCUGUCGCCGUCGAGAGCGCAUGGUACGAAUGGUGGGAGAAGGAAGGCUUCUUCAAGCCCCAGUUCAAGGCCGACGGCACCGUCAAGGAUGAAGGCCACUUCACCAUUGUUAUCCCCCCACCCAAUGUUACGGGUGCUCUUCACAUGGGUCACGCACUUGGCAACUCACUUCAGGAUACGUUGAUCCGGUGGAACCGUAUGCACGGCAAGACCACUCUUUGGCUGCCCGGUUGCGACCACGCCGGUAUUGCGACACAAUCCGUCGUCGAGAAGCGCCUCAAGAAGAUGGAGGGCAAGACUCGCCACGAUCUCGGCAGAAAGGACUUUAUUGAUCUCGUAUGGAAGUGGAAGGACGAAUACCAUGCCAAGAUCAACAAGGCCCAGAGGAAAAUGGGUGGUUCAACCGACUGGAGCAGAGAGGCUUUCACCAUGGACGAGAACCUGUCUGCGGCUGUCGCCGAGACUUUCGUCAAGCUUCACGAGGAGGGUAUUAUUUACAGAGCCAACCGCCUGGUCAACUGGAGUACUGAGCUGACCACGGCUCUGUCUAACCUCGAGGUCAUCAACAAGGAGCUGCCUGGCAGGACCUUGAUUGAGGUUCCAGGUUAUAAGAGCAAGAUCGAGUUUGGUGUCAUCGUGCACUUCAAGUAUCCUAUUGAGGGCACCGAUGAGACUAUCGAGGUUGCCACCACUCGUGUGGAGACUAUGCUUGGAGAUACUGGUAUCGCAGUCCACCCCGACGAUGAGAGGUACAAGCACCUCGUUGGCAAGAACGCCGUUCACCCGUUUAUUCCAGGCCGGCUCAUGCCCAUUGUCGCUGACAACUAUGUUGAGAAGGACUUUGGUACUGGUGCUGUCAAGAUUACGCCUGCCCACGACCCUAAUGAUUUCGCUCUCGGACAGAGGCACAACCUCAAGUUCAUCAACAUUCUCACUGACAAUGGUCUAAUGAACGAGAAUGCUGGUCCCUACCAGGGCCAGAAGCGCUUCGAUGUGAGAUACUCGAUCCAGGAUGCUCUCAAGGAGAAGGGCCUGUACGUGGACAAGAAGGACAACGCCAUGACUGUACCUAUCUGCGAGCGAUCAGGUGAUGUUAUCGAGCCCCUACUCAAGCCGCAGUGGUGGAUGAGGAUGAAAGAGCUUGCCGAGCCUGCCAUUGAGGUUGUGAGAAACGGCAGAAUAAAGAUCAAGCCCGAGACUGCCGAGAGGAGCUACUUCAGAUGGAUGGAGAACAUCAACGACUGGUGUCUGUCCCGUCAGCUAUGGUGGGGCCAUCAAUGCCCUGUUUACUUUGCCCAGAUCGAGGGUGAGAAGAACGAUGAGGCAAACGGCGAGCUCUGGUUCUCCGGCCGGACAGAGGAGGAGGCACGCGCAAAGGCCGAAAAGAAGCUUGCCGGCAAGAAGUUCACACUGAAGAGGGACGAGGAUGUGCUGGAUACGUGGUUCAGCUCUGGUCUCUGGCCCUUCUCUACCCUCGGAUGGCCUAACAAGACCCCGGACCUUGCCAACUUGUACCCCACCUCCGUGCUUGAGACUGGAUGGGAUAUUCUUUUCUUCUGGAUUGCUAGAAUGAUCAUGCUCGGUCUCAAGAUGGUUGGCGACAUUCCCUUCAAGGAGGUCUACUGUCACUCGCUUGUCCGCGACUCCGAAGGUCGCAAGAUGAGUAAAUCUCUCGGCAACGUCAUUGACCCUCUCGACGUUAUUCGUGGUAUCCCAUUGGAUGGUUUGAACAAGAAGCUCUUGGAGGGUAACUUGAAGGAUAGCGAAGUCGAGAAGGCUACCAAGUACCAGAAGACUGCCUUCCCUGACGGUAUUCCUGACUGCGGUGCUGAUGCUCUUCGCUUCUGCAUGGUCAACUAUACCACUGGUGGUGGUGACAUCAACUUUGAUAUCAAGGUUAUGCACGCAUACCGCCGCUUCUGCAACAAGCUCUAUCAGGCCACAAAGUACGUCCUGGGCAAGCUUGACCAGGACUACACGCCCCCGAGCUCGGGCAAGCUGACUGGCAAGGAAUCACUUGCUGAACAGUGGAUUCUUCACAAGAUGAACCAGGCCGUGAAGGAGGUCAACCAGGCCAUCCCCGACCGAGAGUUCAACACUGCCACCACCACCAUUUACACAUAUUGGUACAACCAUCUUUGCGAUGUCUUCAUUGAGAACUCCAAGGCGAUCAUCCAGGACGGCGCAGAGGAGGAGAAGCGUUCUGCCGUCAACACCUUGUACACGGCUCUGGACAAUGGUCUCAAGUUGAUGCACCCCUUCAUGCCGUUCCUCACCGAGGAGCUGUGGCAACGACUUCCUCGACGACAGGGCGAUGAGACUCAAUCCAUCAUGAUCGCCAAGUACCCCGUGUACGAGGCAGAGCUGGAUAACCCGGCUGCUGCUGCCGCCUACGAGCUUGUCCUGGGAUCAUCGAAGGGUAUUCGUUCCCUCAUGGCUGAAUAUGCCCUCAAGGACGAAGCCAAGGUCUUUGUACAGACAUAUGAUGAGACCGCCCACAAAACCGCUGUCGAUCAGGUGCAGUCCAUCAAGUCUCUAAGUGGAAAGGGUGUCACAAGCAUCGAGGUCUUGCCCAGCUCUGAUGCCCGACCGGCCGGCUGUGUCGCUUACCCUGUUUCCAGCGCUGUCACCGUGUUCCUGCACGUGAAGGGCCGCGUCGACAUUGAUAAUGAGAUUGAAAAGGCAAACAAGAAGCUACAAAAGACAAAGACGGCCAUCCAGAAGCAGGAGAAGCUUCUGAACGACGCUGCGUACCAGCAAAAGGCCAGCGAGACCCUGCAAGAGCAGGAUCGCAAGAAGCUUGCGGACCUCCAGAGCGAAGCUCACGGCUUUGAAGGCACCAUCAAGCAGUUUGAGGGUCUGAAGCUUGAGUAG